AAAAAAUAUUUCGAAAAUGUGUACCUAUUUUCUGAAUAAAACUGAAAUUUCCUUCCUGAGUCACCCUGCGAACCAAACCGAAGCGUGUAAGGGACGACGAGGAAGAAGGAAGCAAACCCUAACCAACAAUCAAUCACAGACCAGCGGAACCCUAACAAUGGCGACGGGAGAAGACGGCGUUGGGAAGAAGAGGGUAGCGACGGAAUCGCUGGGAUGGCUUACAGAGUCGACGAUUAUGCCGAAGAAGCACCGUGCCAUCGCCGGCGUCGGUGCAUCCUCCAUCGUCGAGUUGAAGGCCGAGCUCUACAAGUCUCAAGAAGAUUCCAGAAAGUCCAAGGAAUUGUCAGGCCCUGACGCCGUUGAGUAUCAACGCGCUAAGAGCAAGAUCGCUUCCAAAGACCCCUUCUCCAGAAAAAACUCCGGUGUCGAUACCCGUGCUCACAAGGACAAGCUUGAGUUGAAAGCGGUUAAUGAUGGAUCGGUUAGCUAUGCAGCUCUGGAGAAGAAGGCUGAGUUGUAUGAUAAGUUAGUGAGGGGGGAAUUGCCUGACGAAGAAGAUCAAGAGAAGUAUUGUGUGGACUUUUUCCGCAAGGGCGUGGAGGAGGAUGAGUCGCCGCAGCAGCCUAUCCGUUAUGAUGUCACACGGGCUGAGCUGCGAGAGGAUGAAGAGGAGGAAGGUGAUGGUGAUGCUUCUGUGUUGUUUAACUUUUUGAAACCUGCUGGGCCGGGGAGGACGGAUGGUGUAGUUGACAAUGCUGAGCAUAAGCGCAAUAUUAGGGAAGUUCAUGAAGAAGCUAAUCGCGCUAGAGAAAAGGCUACUGAAAUUAAACAUCGCAGGCAGGAGCAAGUGGCGGCUAAUCGUGAGAAACUUAAACAGGCAUAUCUUCGGAAGAAACUAGAGCAACUGAAAGCCACUUCUGUUGGAUCUGGAUCUGAGAUUAAGCACACAUGAUAUCCGCAUCAAAUGUUGUCUACAAUUUAUGAAGCCAAUGUUUGGGGAACCAAGACUUUCUUAAAAAAAGGCAUAAGGAGUUGAAAGAUGACCAAAAACUGCGUCGUGAUUCAACUAGAGACACAGUAUUGGUGGUAUAUCUGACUGCUUAUGAUGCAGAAGUAACUGGCUCACCCCUUAAGGGACAAAAAUGAAGGAGGGGAAAGGGAGAGAAUGGAGGCAAAAGGCACAGUACCUUUUCCUGUUGUAAAUAAUGUAAUUUGGCCAUUGCUGUUACAUACGGAAGAAGUGUCCUUGUUGAUUUAAUAGGCGACCAUUCUUUUAGAGUCACGUUUUGCAAAAUCAUGUGUUACGAACGCCCCACACAAAGAACAAACAAGUGAGGGAAAAAUGUAUCACCUUGUAAAAUGCCUAGAGUAGAUUGAAAAAAAACUUUGUAAAAGGACUUAGAUACACAA